CAUAAAAAGUUUGUGGCUCUGGCAAUUUCCUGCUAUCGUAUCACCCCCUUUACCACAACCAAACAUCAAGGACCAUAAACUGAUCACAUUUCAAGUCCCAGGGGAAGAGCAACGUUGUUUCAUCAAGCAAAAAACAAUGACCAAAUUAUAUCUCUUGUGUGGCCAUAACUUGAUCUGUGCUCCCGCAUUAACAAUCCAUCCCGGGUUUCGUCCCAGAAUAUGUAACAUGUGUCAAGAGAAAAAAGUGAGAACAGUUGCAGUCUUUGCUGCAAAAUCUGGUGGAUUUUCACUCAACUCGAUUCUGAACGGAUGUAAAACUUGUGGAGGCAAAGGUGCAAUGGAGUGUGCAGGCUGCAAGGGAACGGGUAAAAAUAAAAAGAAUGGAAAUAUCUUCGAGCGUUGGAAAUGUUUUGAUUGCCAAGGAUUUGGCUUGAAGAGCUGUCCUAGUUGUGGGAAAGGAGGGCUGACGCCAGAACAAAGAGGGGAAAGAUAAUACUCACAGAAAGUCGAGUGUUCUCAAGUUACUGUCGUUUAAGGAAAGGAAAAUCAUCUUCAUUGAUUUAGCUUGUACCAGCCUGCACCAUCAUGUGCGCAAAUGCUUUUCUUAUUCAAGAUUCAGCAAUCCUAAUGUUUUUCAGAAAAAUAUAUAUAUCAACAGACCUACUCUUGA